CUUGUCUCACUCUAAUUUGAUUUCUCACAUUAAUAUUGAUGACUAAAUAUUAUCUCUACUAAAAAGUAUGAAUGAGUCAGCAUCGAAUUGUCCAACGGUGCCUUUCAUGGGUGCCAUCUUGGAGGUGGUGUGUGUAACAGGAGGAUCAGGUUACAUAGCUUCCUGGCUAGUUAAUUUCUUGCUACAAAAGGGUUAUACAGUCAAAGUCACCGUUCGUGACCCAAUUGUUUUGGGUAUUCUUCGGAUGAGCGGAGAAGGGAAGGUGGUGUGUGUAACAGGAGGAUCAGGUUACAUAGCUUCCUGGCUAGUUAAUUUCUUGCUACAAAAGGGUUAUACAGUCAAAGCCACCGUUCGUAACCCAAGUGAUCCAAGGAAAACAGAUCACUUGCUUGCUCUUGAUGGAGCUAAGGAAAGACUUCAUUUGUUCAAAGCUGAUUUACUGGGAGAAGGGUCCUUUGAUUCUGCAAUUUAUGGGUGUGAAGGUGUUUUCCAUGCAGCAUCCCCUGUAUUAUUUUCAGCAACUGAUCCACAGGCAGAGCUAAUUGAUCCUGCAGUGAAAGGAACCCUUAACGUACUUAAAUCAUGUAAAAAAGUUCAGUUUAUCAAGAGAGUGGUUAUAACAUCUUCUAUGGCAACAGUUUUGUAUGGCAGAAAACCUCUGACUCCUGAUGUGGUGGUUGACAAGACGUGGCAAUCAGAUCCAGCAGUUUGUAAGGAAAUGAAGCUUUGGUAUAUGCUUGCAAAAACUUUUGCAGAAGAGGCUGCUUGGAACUUUGCAGAAGAGAAUGCCAUUGACUUGGUUACAAUACAUCCAGCAUAUGUGAUUGGCCCUCUUUUACAGCCAACUCUCAAUUUCAGUGUGGAGAUGAUUCUUAAUCUUGUAAAUGGAGCUCAAACAUAUCCCAAUACUUAUUACAGUUCAACUGAUGUUAGAGAUGUUGCAGAAGCACAUAUUCGAGCUUUCGAGAUUCCAGCAGCUUGUGGCAGAUAUUGUUUAGUUGCAAAUGUGUCGCACUUUUCUGAAGUUCUGAAGAUUGUCCAUGAACAUUUCCCCUCCCUGCACCUUCCUGCAAAAUGUGAUGAUAAUCAUCCAUUCUUGCCACAGCACAAGACAUCCAAAGAGAAAGCAAGAAUUUUGGGUAUCAACUUCAUUCCUCUGGAAGCUACUCUCAAGGACACUAUUGAGAACAGGAUGAGCGGAGAAGGCAAGGUGGUAUGUGUAACAGGGGGGUCAGGUUACAUAGCUUCAUGGCUAGUUAAUUUCUUGCUGCAAAAGGGUUAUACAGUCAGAGCCACCGUUCGCGAGCCAAGUGAUCCAAAGAAAACAGAUCACUUGCUUGCUCUUGAUGGAGCUAAGGAAAGACUUCAUUUAUUCAAAGCUGAUUUACUGGAAGAAGGGUCUUUUGAUUCUGCAAUUGAUGGGUGUGAAGGUGUUUUCCAUGCAGCAUCCCCUGUAUUAAUUUCAGCUACUGAUCCACAGGCAGAACUAAUUGAUCCUGCAGUGAAAGGAACACUUAACGUACUUAAAUCAUGUACAAAAGUUCAGUCUAUCAAGAGAGUGGUUAUAACAUCUUCUAUUGCAACAGUUAUGUUUGACAGAAAACCUCAGACCCCUGAUGUGGUGGUAGAUGAGACUUGGCAUUCGGAUCCAGCAGUUUGUAAGGAAAUGAAGGUGUUCUUUUUUUCUUUUCGGCUUUCGUAUAUGCUUGCAAAAACCUUGGCGGAAAAGGCUGCUUGGAAUUUUGCAAAAGAGAAUGCAAUUGACUUGGUUACAAUACAUCCAGCAUAUGUGAUUGGCCCUCUCUUACAGCCAACUCUUAAUGCCAGUGUGGCGACGAUUUUUAAUCUUGUAAAUGGAGCUCAGACAUAUCCCAACGAAUAUUACGGGUCAACUGAUGUUAGGGACGUUGCAGAAGCUCAUAUUCAAGCUUUUGAGAUUCCUUCAGCUUAUGGCAGAUAUUGUUUAGUUGCAAAUGUGUCGCACUAUUCUGAACUUGUGAAGAUUGUCCAUGAACAUUUUCCCUCCUUGCAACUUCCUGCAAAAUGUGAUGAUAAACCUCAAUUCAUGCCACAUGUCAAGGUAUCCAAAGAGAAAGCAAAAACUUUGGGUAUCAACUUCAUUCCUCUGGAAGCUACUCUCAAGGACACUAUUGAGAACCUGAAGGAAAAGGGCUUCCUCAGCAUCUAAUUAGAUCGUAUGUGAUAGUGAGGUGAUGCAAAAACGAGCCAGAAAAUUUAGAACGAACAUUGUGCUUUUCCCUAAAAACCUUCAGGGUUCAAAUACUUGUAUAUAUCGUUUUGAAUUUCUCCAAUUGUUAUUGAAGAUUGUAUGUGAAAGACAUGCUCACUUGCUCACCAUCUUCCUGAAUAGUAAAUUAAUGUCAUCACAGAAGAUUGUGGUCAAUCCUUGUACGCAUGGGUUGUGCUUAGCUGCAUGUAUCUGGGAUUUAUUACAUUACCAUGUGGAUGAUCACAAUUGUAGGAAAUGUUUUGUAUGAUUUUCUUGCAUAGCAGAUGUCAAGAUGACAAGCUUUAUGCAGAUAAAAUCAAAUAAAUUCCCUCUGCAAUUUCUGCCUC